CGAUAGCAGUGGUGGAAAUGUGAUGUCAUUUGAAGGGGAGUUUGGGACGGGUCUGUCCACUGGUCGACAGAACGGACACAGACUGUAACAAACACCAACGUUAAUUUAAUCCCCUCUCUUUUGACUUGAUUUCCUUAAAUUCAACCAUGACGCUUGAAAUGGACGCAGAGUCCGCGUUGAGUAGAAGUUCAAACUUCUUGUGAUCUAACUAUGGAAACUAAAAGGAAGCGGACAGCAGCGACAACUACAAAGUCAGUCGACAACCCGCUCCCUCACCCGGCAGAUAGGAACGGAAGAAUGGACGAUGUGAAAACUGGCCCGCACCGGGACUGAACCUCCUGCCCGGGUCUCCUCCGGCUACAUGUCCCCCUCCUCUCCGUGCCAGAUGCCUCUGCGGGGCGACGGAGGCUACAAGUCGGCCCCGGGGUCCCCCGCGCCGCCCGUCCCACCGAGGAGGGUCAGGGGCUGCGGCAGGACGCGGCGGUCCGGAGCAGGGGCAGCGGGGGCCGGAGCAGCGGAGAGGCGGGUGAAGUGCGUGCUGGUUGGAGACGGAGCUGUGGGGAAAACCAGCCUGGUGGUGAGCUACACCACCAACGGAUAUCCCACCGAGUACGUCCCCACGGCGUUUGACAACUUCUCAGCGGUGGUAUCAGUGGACGGUCAGCCAGUCAAACUACAACUCUGUGACACAGCCGGACAGGAUGAGUUUGACAAGCUGCGGCCUCUGUGCUACACCAGUGCGGAUGUGUUCCUGCUGUGCUUCAGCGUCGUCAGUCCCGCUUCCUUCCAGAACGUUCCUGAGAAGUGGGUUUCAGAGAUCCGAAGACACGCACCCUUCGCUCCGCUCGUCCUCGUUGGGACGCAGUGUGACCUCCGAGAAGACGUCAAGGUUCUUAUUGACCUGGCUAAGUACCGGGAGCGACCCGUGGACCCAGCAGAUGCCCGUGACUGUGCGAUGGAUAUUGGAGCUGUGUCCUACAUGGAGUGCUCUUCCCUGACCCAAAAGAACUUGAAAGAAGUGUUUGACACGGCCAUACUGGCCAGCCUGCAGAACUACAGCUCCCAUAAGCACCCGAGAGGGAAACAGAAACGGAGAAAAAAGCAAAGGCAGAAACCAGACAAGAUGAAGAGUCUGUCCAAGUCAUGGUGGAAAAGGUACUGCUGUGUGGCCUAGAGCAGUUUGGGUCUAAGACUCUGAGCUGGGUUUGGGUUCUGCCUGGACUAGCUUUCAGUUUGGGUUUCUCUCUGAUGUUGACUGAACCGUUGCUGGGAACCAAAGUAAGACUGUCACGGAUCUAAUUUUGUAACUUUUUUUUUUUUAAAGUGGGGUUUUAGUCUUAUCGUGGAAGAGAUUUACAACUGAGCCCAGCCUGGUUCUAACAAAAAAAAACUGGUUUCAAUCUUAGCUUGCCUCCAGUAUGAUCCAUCCUGCCUCUCUUGGAAUCCUGGUAUGCACUAGGACUAGCAGGAGACCCUCUCCAUGUCAUGGUGGAAGUGACAAUGUUGCUCUAGACCGGUCUAGAUUUGAACAAGAAAAAGUCUUGUCUGUGGUUAACAAAUAUAAUGGAAUAGUCUGGUGUUCUUGUAACAACCUUCACCAACCUGGUAUGGAUUGAUGCUUGUCAUGUAACCUGGAACGGAGCUUGACUCACUGAAACUGCAUCUGAACUUCCUUCGUCUAACAUGUUUGUUGUAACACUCAUGAUUAGAAAUAACUGCUGACUGAAAUAGAGCGUCCCUCUGAUCAGAAAUUGUCCUCAUUUACAUUAUUAUAAAUGAUAGUAAUUUAGUAUUUUCUGUCAUGAUCACCAGGUAUGAUUGAAGUCAGAAAUCAGUCAACAACUCCACUUCGAACUUCUUGUUAUAACUGGGAUCAUUGUUGCUCUAAUGGAAGAUUACGUAGCUAAUCAUUGGUCACAUGCUCAGUUCACCAGGUGCAUCCUAUAACCUUAAUCUGAGACCUGAAUCACGGUUUACCUUUUAUUUUAGUCUCCGUCCGAACUUUUCAUGCAAUUGUGUCUGGCUUAGUUUUUAGUGUGGUUUUCUUCACUUCCUGCCACUGUUGAAUACCAAACAUCACCGAACGUAUUAACUGCCUGCUGAAUGCAGCCAGACAGUAAACAUGUUUGGUGAGGCUGAGAUGUAAGGCUCAUAUUGUGUCUUAUUAGAAAAUAACUAACGCUGAUGUCUUUUCCCUGUUAGGGUAAAACGUGGUCCUCAUCCUUACCUAUCCUACAUUAGUACUGAAGGACUCUGCCGUCUGUGCCUUAUUAACAUGGCUUGGUUAACCAUGUCUGUCCUGUGGUAGACUAUAGACUGGCUAGCACUUGACCUUAAGUGGGCAGGGGGACAUUUUGACAAUUUGAAUCUUCUCUUCAUCAUGAUCAUACUGUUCCACAAGCCACAGCUUGGCAAGUGACUUCUGCCAACCAGUAAGUAACCAGUAAGUUGCAAGGCAGCUUAAUAGACAGUUAAACAGCCUUACUGCAAGUGGGAGCACUUAACAGAAUUAGAUCAACCAAGUGCUCUUUCAAAGUGACAAAAUGGAGUCUGCUGUUUAUUUCUGUUGGUUUGUAGCCAGAAAGAAACUCUGAAAAAUUAUGGGAUUUUAUUCCUCAGCUUUUCAAUGCAAUUGUGUAUCUAAGACUGUGAAGUUUUAAUUAUGUACAUAUUCAGUGAACUCUGUUCUUUGUAGUUAUGAACUAUAGUUAGAUUCAUCAUGUGUGUUGUUCUGCGUUUGUUCCUUUUACCCAAAAUAUGCAUAUUAUUAUGACAGUUGUAACCAUUGAUCAAUUCUAUCUUUCCGCAUCCAUAAUGCUUUAAUACUAGACAUCCUUUGUCCGUCCUAUGUCUUGUAUGCUCCAAUAGAUUCAGUUUCAUAUGUUGUAAAGCAGAAAUAAAAAGACACAAAAUAUGUGGAUGUCAAACAGUCAGCAGCCACACCUUCCUUUGUACAUUGUAGAUACUAAAACAAGAACAAAACCCAAUAAUGUAUCUACAGUGCCUUCAUCUGAAUGUCUCUUUGUGUAAGAGCCAUUUCAGCAGAACGGGAAAGGGUGCAACCAGGUCUUAGUCCGUAACCAGGUCUUAGUCCGUAACCAGGUCUUAGUCCGUAACCAGGUCUUAGUCCGUAAUGAAUUCAAGGCAGAUCUUCCUAAUAUAAGCUUUUAUAUGGAUCAGGCACAGAACAUUAUUUUCAUUCUAAUAUUUCUAAGCCCAGGGACGAUCUCAACUUUGACCUAAAGUCCUGUCGAGAAAGAAAUCUAAGGACAAGCUAAACCUUUGUCUGAUUAGUAAACCAAAGGUUAUAAGACAAGGUUAAAGGUUGAAGGUUAACAUCUUCGCAGUGUUAACAACAUUUCAUUUGACCGCUAACAUUCUGCUGCUUUUGUUCUAAGUCAUUUAUGCCAGUUAUCUUCCCCCUGUGUUUCUUUUAGUCAAUCCUGGGCAGAGAGCACAGUGUAAAUCCUGUAAGCUUUACAACAUAAGACUGUGUGGUUCAAAGCUACUUCUCUGCUGGUGCUAAAUGGAGUGAUCUGUGAUGUGCCUUAAAAUUCAACAAACAAUAUGUUUUUUAAUUGAAUGGUACUCAGAAGAAAAUAUGUUAUGUCAAAAUUGAAGAAAUGUUCACAGUUUGACAUUCAUGCAAUGUUUUCAGUCUAGUAAUUGCAAAGUGAGAUGAGACUGCCAGAACAUGCACAAACAUAGUAGAGGAUUCGUAUGACAGACGUGUGGAAUAUUUUCAACCAUUUAUUUACUACUUUCUUUUAAAUAUUUCUAUAUUAUGCACUGCUUUAGGGCCCCGAGACACUGAACACAACUGCAGCUUGAUAUUGGCUCCAAAGUUUGGUUCUUACUAGACUUAUCUGCAAAAAUGUCCUGUAACUCAAACUGAUGAUUUAGCAACAAGUAUUACGUACAGCAUCGUUCUCUAGGAGCAAACUGAGAACGUAAUCUAAAAUGAUUUUAGGCCUGAGUUUAAAACUAAGACUCCAGAUUAGCAGACAAUGCUUUACUGGAUCUGUUUGGUAGUUUUCUGCUGAAGACGUUACAACUGCGACUGAAUGGGUUCACUGUGUCUCGAUGUUUUACUCAUGAUAGCAAAUGCAUUGUUUCGUGCUUU